UGAGCGAGGUGGACGGCGCCUGGCUGGAGCAGUUCACCAGUCUGGGCUGGCGCCACAGUGAGGCCCUAAGGACACUGAAGGCACAGGGCCGACAAGGAUCCAGGGAUACGGCGCCAGAGAUCCUCGCCUCCCUUAAGAAAAACGAGUUUCGUCUCUCCAAGAGUGAAAGUGAAUCACUGUACGUGGAGGUCCUUUACACAGUGUUCCAUAAGAUUGGGGUGCAGCAACACAUCGGCGAGGACCUCACCAAGUACGCCCCAAGCUGCCUUCCACACAGAGCCCCAUGACCACCUCAGACUGCAAGCCGUGGCCCAGGAGGAGAAGCCUCCCAUUCUCGUCCUCAACCUUGUGGUGGUGGAGGCGGAGAACCUGGAAGCCAAGGACCCAAAUGGGUACAGCGACCCUUUCUGCAUGAUGGGUAUUAUUCCUGAAGUGCAAGUGGGUCAUGCCGGGGCUGCAGGAUCGAGAGGAAGCAGCCACCAGGGUAGUCUGGACGGUGAUGGCGGCGCCACGUCCCCGGACCCCGCCAUGCUGUCCUCCCCGGCACGCAUCAUAACGGGCACAGCCGCCAUAGGGUUCAGCGAUCCUUACUGCAUGUUGGGCAUCCAGCCAGCCGUCCAGGUUGGACUGCCUGGAUCUCCAAGGGACGUUUAUAAUCUGGCACAGGGUUCGCCACCACCAGAUUCUCCAAGAAAUCGGCACUUUAGCGGAGGAUCGCGGAGCUCGGUGGAGGUGGAAGCAGACAGUGACGGGGACAAAAGCAGCAGCUGUGAAAGCCCAAAGUCCCUUGCUAAGGAGAGUCUCCGGAAGCAUCACAGUUUUCGGUUGAGUUUUAAGCGGAGGCCGACGGAACCCAAGCGAGAGAAACUGGAACACCGGGACUCCCUCAGUAAUGCAAUACCCGCCAAGAUCAUCCGUGCCACUUCCGUCAAGCCGCACACCCUCAACCCGCGGUGGAAUGAGAAGUUCAGACUUGACAUCGACGACAUCAGUUUGGACAUCCUCCACCUGGAUAUAUGGGACCACGACGACGAGUCCAGCGUGUUCGAGGUGGUGAGCAAGCUGAACGAGGUCAAAGGAGUGAAGGGUCUGGGACGUUUCUUCAAACAGAUAGCCCAGUCAGCGCGGCAAGGCGGCGGUCAGGAUGACUUCCUCGGUUGUGUCAAUGUCGCACUGCAGGACAUCCCCAGCACCGGCGUGGACAAGUGGUAUCCCCUGGAGGGACGCUCGCACAGGUCUAACAUCCAGGGCCAGAUUAACCUGAAGAUGUGGCUGUCGACGCGUGAAGACCGAGGUCGGUCGGAGGAAGAGGUAUGGGCGGAGGUGAGGGAACACGAUCAAAUUAUCACCAUAUUUCUCCUCCACGAGCUUAAUAAAUUUAAGGAGAACACAGUCACGUGGGACGGGGAGCUGAGCACGGCCGCCCAGACCAUCCUGCACCAGCACGCCAUCCAGGGAGACCUAACGCAACUGCAGCAGGCCAUGUGUCGCUGGAUGGCCGUGUCCCGCACCCACAGCUCCCGGCCCCUGGACCCCCGCGUCCUGCACCGCUACCUCCUUGCCCUGCACGACCUGUGGGACACCGAGACACUCAGCAAAGAGGAGGAGGAGAUUCUGGCGGAUUCUUACACGGGCUUCCUGGAACACAGCAUGACCGAGGUGCGCCGCCACAGGGAGGUGUUCCCCAUGCCCUCUAAGACCCACGCCAUCCGUCUCGAGGCUCUGCUCAAAUGCCUUUCACUUCUGGCUGAAAGUCGCUCGUACUGGAAAGUGUGCCCGUUCCACAAGGAGGUUCGCGGCGACGUGAUGGCGGCACUCAAGAGGGGCGCCGUGGAGUGGUACGCUCAAGCCAGACUCAGGUACGACCGCCACCGGGAAGCCAGCCUGGCCACAGGAGGAGAUGUGGCCCUAGAGUCUCUAGCCAAGCUCGCUCUUCACCUCACCCUGGAUCUCCAAGCCGGUGCGGAUUACUACGAUCAUGCUUUCUCAAGCACCUCUCUCAAGAUUCCUUACGUGGCUAUCAACUACAAGAUUUUCGAGAAGCUGCUCUCAGAAGAUGCGCUCAAGGUGCUCACCGUCAUUCAGGUAGAUGAGGACAUCGAAAAUGAGAUCUGGCAGAUGUGUGCUUUGCUACGAGAUCUGGAGCUGAACAAGGAGACACCAUACUAUAAUCCGCACUGUUCUACAAGUCCCUUUCUGCUUUACCUGGCACUUGCUGAGUUUUCAAAAUUUCAGGAGCACGUGGCAGCCAGCGAGCGCCAUGCCCUGCUGCUAGGUUCUGUGUGGGGCCACUUCCUUCCUGCUGUUAGCCGCUGGGUUGAUGUAACAGCUUUCAGAGUGUUCUACCGCAUCCGAGUGGCCAUCCUGACUGACCGGGUUGCUAACACUGGCGAGCCCGUCCAGUACACUACCUCAGCCGUAGACACCACCUCCUGCUUCUACCAUGUCAAGACCUUCUGGCGCCACCUGGCCUGGCCUGAUCUUGGCACCUCCUACUCUCUUGUGGUCAAGAUGGUUGAGACUAUGUCAGGGGCAGCAGACUACUAUGUGCACUUGCUGCAGCAGCGCCUCAACACCCUUGCCACAGACACGACUGACAUGGAGCGAGCCCAGCAGCUCUGCAUCACUGUCAACAACAUGGAGCAUGUUAGGCACUCACUCACACUAUUACAAGAAGAGCUGCAGCUUGAUCUGCUAACACAACAACUGGAUGCCCAGGAAGGCCAAGGUGGCACUACCUACAGUGACCACAUAGCCAGCCUCCUACUCGAGGCCCUCACUAAUCUAGAUGCCAGGAUCGCCAACUCCAUGUCUCCCGUGGCAGAACAGAUCAGUGUGGAACUACAGAAGGAUGUUUUUCACCUGGCGUGGUCCCCAGACUCUCUGCCUGCAGAGGAAGCUGUCCGGCCACUGCUAGAACGCCUCUUUGCUUCACUCUCAACAUAUUCAGCUGCUCUUCUUAAGAACAACCUGGAUCGCCUUCUGUACCUACUGUGGCUGGCAGUGCUCAAUGCCCUCCAGGAUCAAAUUGGCAAGGACACUGAAGAGAAGCAGGUGACAUUUUUUGUGAGACUGUAUGAUGCGCUUGAGUUACUGCGAGCCUUCUUCUCUGCCCAUGGCCGAGGUCUGGAUGACAACUCCCUUGCAGGACCAGAGUACAUCACCCUGGAAAGGCAGCUGCGGCUCCACAAGACAACGACAGAGACCCUCAUCGAGACUUAUCACAUGGAGCGGUUAAUGGAGCAGGAGCGUGUCGAGACCCAAGAGUAUGGAUCACUCUUUGUCAGAGCAUAUUUUAAUCACGACUCUCUGUGUGUUGAGGUGUUGCAAGCCAAGAAUGUCAUCCCUCUUGACCCUAAUGGUUUCAGUGAUCCCUUUGUGGUGAUUGAACUGCUCCCACGACGUCUGUUUCCUGGAGCAGCGCAACAGCAGACCAACGUCCACAAGAAGACGCUUCACCCACUCUUCGAUGAAUGCUUCGAAUUCCCUGCCUCCCUGGAAAGUUGUCAGGCAGAGGGAGCCAUGAUCUUAUUCACAUUAAUGGAUCAUGAUGUCAUCACCUGCAAUGACUUUGGAGGUGAAGCCUUCUUGUCUUUGAAUACUAUAUCAGGUGUUGUGGCUUCCUCCUCCUCUGUUGAUAACUUCCAUGGCCUCAAACCCAUCGAGCUGAGCCUCAUGUUUCAGAAGGAUCCAGACAACUCCAUCUUGAAGGUGCUGGAGACAAGGACAAGCGACAAGGUGGCAAUGGAGUUUGUCAAAAAACAAAAGGAGAGAAUUGCUCGGCCUACUUAGGACUUGAAGCUACACAAGUCUCUUCAUUCAUCUCAAAAUGUCUUGUCACCCACUGUUCCUCUAUUUCCUGCCACUCGCUCAACUAUGAUGACCUCAUCAGGUCUACCUACUGCUCACACGUCUCAUCAUUCUCAUCACCCCUGCCAUGUUGUGAUGCAGUUUUUGUUUUCCUUAUAGAUACUGUGUUCCUU